UGGAAAGUUGUACGUUGUGCGCAGGCGCUCCCCGGGAUUAAUGUCAAGGCACAAAAGUGGCGCUACACCGUUGCGAGCUCUACUCCGGUGGCUGCCUUAGCAAUGGAUGGGGAGUCAGAACCAAACCCUGCCGUAGCAGAAGAGGCAGGGGAGCGGGUGGAGCCCAUGGAUGCCACUCCCUCCCCCCAGCAGCAGACCACGCCCCCCUCAGAGGAGGCUGGGGAGGCAGUUUCCAUGGUAACAGAAGAUGGAGCCACAAAGGAUGGUGGCGUAGAGGACAAUGAUGAUGAUGUGGUUCUUGUAGGGGAGGAGGCUCCUCAGCCUUCUGCCACAACCCUCUCCCAAGACACGCCCAACACAGACUGCCUAGAGCCAGCAACUGUAGACAUGUCCACGGCAGUGAUGUCUUCUAAGACCCCUAGUUCUCCUGCGUCUUCCAGCACAUCUACAGUGGCAGCACCUCCUAAACCUCCAAUCACAGAAUCAGAGCCUAUUGUCAUUGAUGAUGAGGAAGACUCUGAACAGAAAGACACUUCCUCCUCCUCACCAGCGCAACCUGGAUGCUCCUCAGAACCCCACUCGCCAGGUGUACUCAGCAGCACUGAGCCAGAUUCAGAGAUCAGGAUUGCCAGUGUCACCACACUGGGCUCCAGUAGCCAGAAAGGAAGCUCCUCUGUUUCUGCAGUCAAUACUCCACCACAUGAAGUGGAUGUCCAGGCAGACAUGAACCUGAUGAUAACCUCUGUGAAAUCACUGCAGGACGGCACGACGGCUGUCACAGCGGCAGGUGACGGCCAGGCAGAGGAAAAUGGUCUGCAGGUCAGCAGUGCGUUCAGCCUGAAUCCCGACACCCCACCUGGUCGACCAACAGCCUCUUUCAACCCAGGGCGGGGCUCAGGCCCCAUGGGCCAGCUGGUACAGAAUGGAGACACAGGGACGCACAACAGAGCAGACUCGUGGAUCUCCCAGUCAGCUUCAGUCCCCCGCAACCAAAAGCAGACAGGGGUCGACUCUCCAUCACCAGCCACCUCCCUGCCCAAACCUCCAGGCCAGUCUUCCUCAUCUACUUCCUCCUCAGGCUCCCAGCCACAGCCCAGGACAGUCAAGGUGACCUGUGCAAACUGUAAAAAGCCCCUGAAGAAAGGCCAAACAGCUUACCAACGUAAAGGCUCCACACACCUGUUCUGCUCCACCACCUGUCUCUCUGCCUUCUCACACAAACCCGCCCCCAAGAAGAGCUGCACCAUGUGCAAAAAGGACAUCACAAACAUGAAGGGUACCAUCGUGGCCCAGGUCGACUCCAGCGAGUCUUUUCAGGAGUUCUGCAGCACAGGCUGCCUAGGUGCAUACGAGAACAAGCAAAACCCGCCCAAAUCAAGCCUCAAAACCAAAUGUACUGUCUGCGGCAAGCUCACCGAGAUCCGGCACGAGGUUAGCUUUAAGACUGUGACCCAUAAGAUCUGCAGCGACACAUGUUUCAACGUUUACCGCAGGGCCAACGGGUUGAUCAUGAACUGCUGCGAGCAAUGUGGCGACUACUUGCCCAGUCGAGCGUCGGCCAACCACUUCCUGCUGGUCGAUGGCCAACAGAAACGUUUCUGCUGCCAGAACUGCAUCAGGGAGUACAAGCAGGCCCACAGUAAAUUUGCGACCUGCCUGACUUGCAAAACAUUGAUUAAGACAGGCGAGGUGCUCCACAGCCUCGGAGCGGGCGGCACCAUGGGCUCCUACUGCUCCGUCAACUGCAUGAACAAGGGAAAGCUGACGGCAACCUCCUUCAUUAACACUGAGCCCACAUGUCACUUCUGUAAGAGGAACUCAUUACAGUACCAGGCCACACUGCCAGAGGGAAACAUCCUCAACUUCUGCAGCUCACAGUGUGUUACCAAGUUCCAGAAUGCUACUCUUCAAACGGCCACCAAUGGACAGACGCCCCUCUCCACUACAAACAACACCGUCCAACUGAAAUGCAACUACUGUCGAGGAGCAUUCAGCUUGAAGCCUGAAACACUGGAGUGGGAGGAUAAGGUCUACCAGUUCUGUAGUAAGACAUGCUGUGAGGACUACAAGAAGCUGCACUGCAUUGUGACGUUCUGUGAGUACUGCCAAGAGGAGAAGACGCUACAUGAGAUGGUCAAGUUCUCCGGGGUCAAGAGACCUUUCUGCAGUGAAGGUUGUAAGCUGUUAUUUAAGCAGGAUUUUAUCAAGCGGUUGGGUCUGAAGUGUGUCAGCUGUAACCACUGCAACCAGCUCUGUAAGAGGAGUGUGACCCGGCAGCUCGGCGGCAUGACCCGGGACUUCUGCAGCGAGGCCUGUUCCAAGAAGUUCAAUGACUGGUACUACAAGGCGGCGAGGUGUGACUGCUGUAAGGUGCAGGGUAACCUGACAGAGUCUGUGAUGUGGAGAGCAGAGAUGAAGCAUUUCUGUGAUCAAGAGUGUCUAUUGAAGUUCUACUGCCAGCAGAACGAGCCCAUCAUGGUCACACAGAAAGGCCCAGAGAACAGCAGCCUGGGUAAAAAGUCAGAGUGGUAUGAAAUGCAAGGGGCCAAACUUGGGGGCGCUGUGCCAUACGCUGGUGGAGGAUUGGCGAGAGACGUCAAGAACAAGGCAGUUCUCUGCAAACCGCUCACCCUGACCAAGGCUACCUACUGCAAGCCACACAUGCAGAGCAAACUUUUACAGACGGAUGUAGACGAUGGUGUGAAGAGGGAGUACGUUCCUGUACCCAUACCUGUGCCCGUCUUCAUCCCCGUGCCCAUGAAUAUGUAUUCCCAGGUCACUCCCACUCCAGUCUCUCUGCCUGUACCGGUUCCAGUGCCUGUGUUCCUGCCCACCACCCUGCAGGGGGCAGAGCAGAUCAUCCAGACCAUCAACGAAUUGAAAAACAAGCUGCCCUCUGACCCUCUGGAGGCUGACCUGCUCUCCAUGGCUGACAUGAUCGCAGAGGACCAGAAACCAGAGGAGAAGAAGAAGGUGGAGGAGGAGGAGCAGCAGGAGGAAGAGCAGCAGGGGCUGAAGGAAGAGCCAGAGGAGGAGAAGGGGGGGGCGGAGGUGGAAGACGAGGAGGAGGACAAGUACGAGCCCGACCUGGACCUGGAGGCAGACUUUCCUCAAGCCUCAGACCCUGUACCAGUCCUGGAGGAAAUGGACGAGGAUAUGGGUUUCUCUCUACCUCCACUCCUGGCAGAGGAGAAGGCAGAGCCGGAGGAGUCGACACCUCGACCACAGCCCAGGAGAAAAGGGAACAAGAGGCAGGCAGUAGAGGAGAGCUCAGAUCUCGCCUCGUACUCUUUUUCCAGUCCGGCAGGCAGACACUCAGAAGGACGGUCGCUGCCUCUCAAAGCUCGCUAUGGCAUCCAUGCAUGGAAACGCUGGGCACUGUCUACUUCUGACAAAUCAGAUGACACCAAAGAGAAGGACUGCUCCAAACCAGCCCGGUCUAAAAGUAACCUGUUGUCGUUGAGUUCCGAGGAGCUGAACACAGCUCUGUCCCGGUUUGUCAGGGAGGUCUGCAGGCCCAGCGGGGAGCGUUACUCUCCAGACAGCAUCCUCUACCUCUGUCUAGGGAUCCAGCAGCACCUCCAUGCCAAAGGCCGGAAGGAUGACCUAUUUAGUGACCCAUGCUACCAGCAGUUUGGAGAGGAGAUUAACAAGGUCCUGAAGGACUGGCAGCCCAGUGUGCUUCCUGAUGGCUCGCUGUGGAGUCGAGUGGAGGAGCAGAGCCUGUGGAGCAGCCGGCAGCUCGGGGAGCAGAGUCCCGCCACUCUGCUGCGCUCUCUGGUUUACCUGAACACCAAAUACUUCGGCCUACGCACCGUGGAGCAGCACCUCCGCCUCUCCUUCGCCAAUGUCUACGGCCCCGACACCGUCCAUCCUGUCACGAAAGAGACGACCGUCUGCAUCCGCGUGCCUUCCAUCUCUCAGGAUCACCACGUACAAACAGAGUCUAAGAAGAGGAAGCGUAAGUUGGAGGAAGGUGAUCAGGACUAUGAUCCAGACGACGACUCGGGAGUCUCCUCCAUAUGCUGCCCGGUUAAGAAGCAUGAGUGUCACCUAUACGAGCUCUACAGAUCUAAGUGCCCGGUGUUGCUGCAGGAACGUCUGGAUGUCUUCUACGUUCAGCCGGAUCCGGCCUGCAGUCCCGAGGAUCCGCUGUGGUUCAGCUCCACGCCGCUGGAGCGACGGAUGCUGGAGCGCCUCCUCACCAGAGUCCUCCUGGUCAGGGACAUUUACACAGACAAAGAACUCCUACAGGAGGAGGACGGCGGUGAGGACGUUGGGGGGGAGUAGCGGUCGCUUGGACGUCUGUUAGUAGAGCCUGAACAGUCAUCAGAGAAGUAGGAAGCGGACAAUAGCUAGUAGUGUGUGUGCGCGCUCCUCUCCUGUCUUAUCAUCUGUUCCUCCUUUCCUUCCUUGCUGACUUAUUGUUUCCUCCUGGUGAGGGGCGUCCACAACAGGGAACUUGAGAUAGUAGAUGAUGAAAGUGGUGGUGAAGAGCAGCCCAAGCUUGUACUUCUGCUGAUACAUUCACAAACGGAGGAAGAGGUGAUUAAGGACAAAUACUUAGAUUUUCCCAGCACUCAUAAACCAGAAGAGGACAGGCACACAUGUCCUAAUGUGUGAUUGGAUGUAGUUGGGGAAUUAAUAGGCAGAUGAGGACUAAGAGAUAAAGGAGGUGGAGCUGUAAUUUGUUCUUAUAGCCAAACAAAGCUAAAUCAGGUAGAAGGAAAAAGUGUAUUGGCGGUCAUCAUGAUAUUUUGCAAAGAGAAGAUUCUGCAUUAUCAACGUUUCUGAGCUCAGCGUGUUUAUAGUGCUCAGACAAGCAGCUUAAAUAUAUUUAAACUUUUAACAACACAGAAUCAUGCUUUAGCAAAGGUUAUCAGCAUCCGCCAGGAGGCCACAAAGGUGAAAGAACAUGAUGUCAUGGAGUCAUGUUCUCUAACUCUCAGCUAAAUCUCCUCCUCGCCAUCGGCCGUUUGCUUGGGGUCAAGAGAGCAACUUUUUUACAAAGAGAAUCAAUAAGCAAGGUAGGAGGCAGACAAAUGGUCUGGGUGAAACCAGAACCACUACCCAGAGGAGGAGAAGAGAAGGAAGAGGGUAGUGGAAGGCUGAUGCUGUGUGGACAAAGUUGGAAAAUUGCUUGUAUGUCGAAAUUCCAUCUUUGAUGCAGUCGGUGGUUCAGCAUGUAAACAAAACAGGCUCUUUUUUUCCUUUUUUUUUGUGGGCCAACAUUAACUACUGUUCCCAAUUUAGCAGCUACUCAUGCUACUGUAAGUUCUUCUUUAUAUUUCAAAUGUCUAUUUUAAGAGAUGAUUAAACACUACAGCAGGAAAAUAUUGUUGCACUGACUGUGACAGGGGGAAAGAUUCAGGACCCCGCCCAUCGGUGAUGUUAACAAUGUGCUUUGUCCAGUGCUGCUUCACUGGUGGGAUUUGAAAAUUUCUGUUAGAUGGAAGCAGAUGUGUAGUUUUUUUUUUUUGUGUGUGUGUGUGUGUUAAACAAAUAUUUGGUUUAGUGAAUUUAAGAUUUAAAGGUGGUGCACACCCACAUAACUGACUAAAUGUUAGAUUUCUGCUUAGGUUAUCGUUUGGCCUGAGCUGCAGUCAGGCUGGGUGUUGCCUGAAGAAAUGAAGACGAAUCCAAACGUGUGUUUACUCCUUUGGCGCGACCUCCAGCCGGUUCUGGUGGAUUCGCAGGUCAGAGUUCACCUUUUGUUCUCCUUUGACUGGGCGGAUGUGCUCUGAGUUAUGAUUCAGAGGUUUGUCAGUCAAGCACAGACCAUUAAAGGGAUUUAGUCAGGUAAAAUGAGUGAAGUCACAUGUGGGUGAGUAGGGCCAUUUUUUUAAAGAUUAUUUUAAAAGUGAUGCUAUGCAGCGCUGAGUGUCAGUCUGAUGAGUGCAUAAUGGAAACUUCCAGUUAGAGAAAUAUUUCCACCUGUGUGCUUUCCAUUGCAUUUUCCACUGCAUGAGGAUGGAAUUUCUGACAUUUCUGGAACGCAGCGUACAAGCAGCAGCCUCUGUCAGGACGACCUACCGCAUCUCCAUUAAAUGGGCUGCUUUCAUUUCCUACCCAUCAUCCCGCUCACUGCUCUUCCUCAGGCGAAACCGUUGUACCACAGAGGACUUCAGCUCAGAAGUGCAGGAGUCAGGACUGAUCCCAGAACAGUGAAAGAGGACUGACUGUCAGACAGACCUGACUCGCUGUAGUGAGGGGUACAGCCAACUUACCGACAUGCUGCGUUUCUUUGUAGGACAUUAGGGGAACCUUCAUCCUUGCAAUGUAGCAUUAUGCGCGUACCAAGCCCAGAUUGGGUUGCUUUUGAAGUGUAAAUAUCUCUGUAACAAGGCUGUUAUUUGGGAUGGUCAACACAGAGGGGACACUGUGUAGUUUGGCAAAAAGAAACACCCACUGAAACCUUCUGCUUGAAAACCCACCUUCCGGGAAGCCUUUUUAAAAAGACUGAUUAUUUAUUUCUCUAUUUUUUUUUUUUUAUUAUUUUUUUUUAUUAGUUUGACUGCAUCCUCUGUGUUGGGAUGGUUUUUUUUUAUGGGUGCCAUUUCCUUUUCAACCAACAUUCAUUGAAAACCUGCUGCAGUCCCGCGCUCUUGCUUCUCUUGUCUAUUAAAGGGUAUCGUGCAGGAACCUGCUAAAAAUGAAGGACACUGAUUAUUCAGAGACAGACUAUUUUUUUUGAAAGUUUCCUUAAUGCUUUAGUCCCUGUGUUUGUAUUUUCCUGGCAGUUCUCAGUUAUUCUUGGUCUCCUCUUAAUCUUGAUAUUGAUUUAGUUCAAAAACUGAGCACUUAAUAAGUGCCCUAUUCUUCUUCCAAGCUGUUUUAGUGCUAGCAUUGCAAAGCAGAAGCUUGUAUUAUAAUAGAGAAUUGGUUGGACAUUUAAAUUUUUUAUUUUUCAUGAACUAAACAUGUUUUCUUUCCAAGUGUCACUAUCCAUUGUUUGUUUGUUUGUUUUUAUUUAUGUGGUUCAAGUCCCCCCUUUUUUUUACUUUCCAUGUUUUGACUAUUAUUUGAAUUUGCUUUCUGAUGAUUUUAAUAAAUUGGAGAAAGUGUCGAGUUAAACCAAGUGAGGUUUAUUUGAGUUUUUUUUGUUUUUUUUUUCUACUUCAUUGAUCACAUUAACUUUAAUUUGAAGAGGGGAGAAUACUGAGAUGUAAGGCUGGCAAAACUUUACACCAAAAAAAUGUUUCCACAAGCAGUGCUCAAAAUAUAAGGAACACCCUCCAGAUGUUGACUUUGACCUACACAGUGUCUCAAAUUUUUCUCAAACAUGUUUUCCCAGCACGAUCGUCAUCACCGCUUCUCCUAAAUGAAGUGGAUUUAACGAGGUCAGGGAAUCCACUUUCAGAGUUUUAUUUUAUCUAGAGCAGGUGGUGGUCCUGUUAUUUUGUACACGUGACUGCAUUUAAAUGGUGUAGAACUACAGUGUAACAUUUCAGGAACAAAGGUAGCGGAUUCAAAUGGAGAACAUUUGCUGGACUUCUGACCCCAGAUCAGUGUCUGCAGCCCAAAAUCCAAACCUUUUAAAUGUGACUGUGGGUGUAAACAAAACUGACCCUGGAUCAGAGGACCCUGGUUAACCCGGCUGAUUUUCCUGCUGGACUCGGAGGCGGUAACCAAACCUGCCACAGGUUUGGACCUACAGUAGAAGCUGCGGCUGGCUUUAAUGCCUAAUGUGAAUGUGCCUAACUGUAUAUACUGAAAGUGAGUGAUUGUGAUUUGAGUCUGAUGCUAUGUGUGUGGCUGAUCUGCUGAUCCGGUCGUGUUAAAUAAAUGAUUUCAUUUUCUAACCAGA